UUGGUGCAAAAAUGUACACUUAUAUGGACGUUGACCGGUCCUUGCAGUUCCAGGGGAGGUAUGCCUAUGGAUCAAACAGGGUCGUGAGGUAUCCAGAUGAUACCUACGAUCGUGGCUGGAUUUUCAUCAGUGAUGAAACAAGCCUUGGGCUGACUACAAUAACGAGCAGCUCCAACUCCAUAACAACGAGCCUGGAUGAUAAACCACCGGUCGCUGUCCUGCGGCAGGCAAUUACUCCGUCGUCGAGCUCCGCUUCCAAACUCGUCGUCCCCAACCUCAUGACGUCAGCGGUGCCAGUUCCUCACUACGUCGUCUUCUAUUUCUUGGAAGUAAUGGAUAAUGGCAGCAGGGCCUUCACUUUCCUCUUGGACGACAAGACUUUCUAUAGCCAGUCAAUAGCACCAAAUAGAACGGUGCUAGAGAUAUACCACCCUAACAUCAACCUAUCUGCUAGCUCUGUCUUUACGCUGGUGAGAGACGAUGGCUCUGCUUUACCUCCUAGCAUCAACGCAGCUGAGUUCUAUAGGAUCGGCGAUUAUAUCGUCGGUGGGACCGAGAGCUCGGACGUGAAAGCGCUAGGUGAGUUUCAGAGGAGCUACGUGCAACUUCAGGCAUGGAGCGGCGACCCUUGUCUUCCCAUCGAUUAUGCCUGGGAUUGGAUCAAUUGCAGUUCUGAUCCCGCACCACGAGUUACUGCGCUGAAAUUGAGUGGCUAUGGGCUGACCGGUUCCCUUGCAGACUUCAGUGGCUUGACUGCUCUUCAGACGAUUGAUUUGCACAAUAACAGCUUGAGCGGUAACAUUCCAGAAUUUCUUGGCAAAUUUACCUUUUUGACGGAAUUGAACUUGGCAGAUAAUCAACUUAAUGGCUCCGUGCCUUCAUCAUUGAUCAACUUAAAGAUUCACCUGAACAUUUCAGGAAACAACCUUUCUGGAAACUCAAGUGACACUAUAAACAAGAAGAAGAGUCACGCAGGCACAAUAGCUGGAGCAGUCCUUGGUUCUUUCUUGUUUUUGCUGCUAGUGAUUCUAGUUGUCUUUUGCAUUUUUAAGAAGCAACCAAACACUGCAGUUGAGUUGAUCCUAGAUCGCGAACUAAAGCAGCCGCAUUUUGGAGAACCAAAGGUCAAGCAAAGUUUUACUUAUGCUGAGAUACAGGAAAUCACCAACAACUAUGAGAAACUCAUCGGUGAAGGAGGCUCUAGCAAUGUUUACUAUGGUCGGCUCGCCAAUGGCACUGAAGUUGCUGUCAAGGAGAUAAAAGAAUCUCUCUCACAAGGAACGAAGGAGUUCGUAGCUGAGGUUAAGCUACUGAUGACAGUUCAUCACAAAUGUCUAGUCUCCUUUGUUGGAUACUGUGAGGAAGGCAGAAAACUCAUUCUCCUUUAUGAGUAUAUGAGUCGUGGGAAUCUAAGACAGCUGCUAUCAGGAAGGGCUAGCACAUCUGUAGUUCUGACAUGGGAAGCAAGACUUCAGAUGGCACUAAGCGUUGCAACAGGAUUGGACUAUUUACAUUCGGGAUGUCAUCCUGCAAUUAUUCAUAGGGAUGUGAAAACAACAAAUAUUCUUUUGGAUGGAAAAAUGAAGGCCAAAGUGGCAGAUUUUGGCUUAUCCAAAACAGGCUCCAAAGAUGAAGUGACACAUCUAUCAACUGUAGUUGCUGGGACGCCCGGAUAUAUUGAUCCUGAGUAUUACAGCACAAACAUGGUUACCCAGAAAAGUGACGUGUAUAGCUUCGGGGUGGUUCUUUUUGAGCUGAUGACUGGAUAUCCUCCAUUCUGUAGUGUAUCUGAAGAGCGUUUUCAUGUGGUGCAAUGGGCAACAACAAGAUUAACCAGAGGGGACAUCCACUGUGUUGCAGACCCAAAGCUGAGAGGGCAAUACAAUGUAAACUCCAUGUGGACAGUUGCAGAUAUAGCAAUUUCAUGCACCUCCAAAGCUUCUCAUAUGAGGCCGCGCAUGAGUGAUGUGGUGAACCAACUGAGGGAGGCCCUUGAGGCAGAGACCUACCAACAGACUAGGACUGGUACCUCAUUCAGAGAGGUUCAACUUUCAUCAUCACCUUACGAAUUUUCCAGUUCACGUAUGACAACUUCAUACCCACCAGCAAGAUAGUUUGUUCUCCAUCACAAGCUCCCUGCCUUCUAGUUCGUCUUCUGUGUUCUUCUAGAUACAUUCAUUUGUUACGACGUAAAGCCAUAAAAUUCUUGGUUGUAUGUCUAAAUUAUUUUGUACCAUUUGUGAAGACAUUAUUUAUCUGUACAAACGUCGUUUCCAGGAAUAUACAUGGAUUUUA